AUGGGCUCUAGCGCCUAUCAAAAUCAGGUAAAUUUAGAAGGUUGUUUUUGUAUGUUCAAUGCUUUGAGACAAAAUCUCAGAGAUUUCUUUGACGGUCUUCUUUUAAGGAUGUUAUAUCUCGGUGUCUAUGAGCAUGAAGAGAGCGCUGCCAGAGCUUAUGAUCUGGCAGCUCUCAGGUGUUGUGGUCCAGCAGCUCUAACAAACUUUCCGAUAAAUACCUAUGAGAGAGAGUUGGAAGAGAUGAAAAACAUGUCAAAGGAAGGAUACAUUGAAUUUUUAAGGAGGAGCAGCACUGGCUUUUCUAUGAGGAAGUCACCCUACCGCGGAGUGACAAGAUCUCUUCGAGAUGGAAGGUGGCAGGCUAGGUUGGGCGGGGUUGAUGGGAAAUAUUUGUAUCUGGGAACGUUCACCAACCAGGAAGAGGCAGCUGAGGCUUAUGACAUUGCUGCGAUUAAAUUUAAAGGUGAAAACGCUAUUACAAACUUUGACAGAAACAGAUACGAUAUGGAAGCCAUCAUGGAAUACACACCACCUGUAGGAAGGAGAGUUGAAUUAGAAGAUAAGGAAUCUAAUGGUGGCUUCCAAACUACAACUAUUAAUGUGGAAAGCACUGGGAAUGUACCUUCCUGCACAGAUUGUACUGCACCCACAGCCAUUAAUGGGCAUGCACCAGCUCUUGAAAACAUACUCUCUUUGGGUACCUCCACAUUCUGCUUCCCUGGGCAGUCCUCAGGUGUAGUGAGAGCUGGUCAUGAGAACGUAAUGCCUGAUACCAACUGGAAAACACCCUCUCUUCCGGUUUCAGAAAGUGGGCUUAGUGUUACAGAAGCAGCAUGUCAACGUCCUAUUAUGUUCAAUAUCUGGAAUGAUACAAGGAUGUCAAAAUCUUAGUUAUCUUUCAAUAGGAUUCUAAAUG